GAGGCAAGGGGUUGUGGGUGGGAAGGGAAACAGAGAAAAGGCAAGUGAAAGAGAAGGGGAGGUGCAGUUUCAGAACCCAGCCAGCCUCUCUCUUGCUGCCAAGCCUCCCGCCGGCCUCAUCUUCGCCCAGCCGACCCCGCCUGGAGCCCUAUGGCCAACUGCGAGUUCAGCCCGGUGUCCGGGGACAAACCCUGCUGCCGGCUCUCUAGGAGAGCCCAACUCUGUCUUGGCGUCUGUAUCGUGGUCCUGAUCCUCGUCGUAGUGGUCGCGGUGGUCGUCCCGAGGUGGCGCCAGCAGUGGAGCGGUCCGGGCACCACCAAGCGCUUUCCCGAGACCGUCCUGGCGCGAUGCGUCAAGUACACUGAAAUCCAUCCUGAGAUGAGACAUGUAGACUGCCAAAGUGUAUGGGAUGCAUUCAAGGGUGCAUUUAUUUCAAAAUAUCCUUGCAACAUUACUGAAGAAGACUAUCAGCCACUAAUGAAGUUGGGAACUCAGACCGUACCUUGCAGCAAGACUCUUCUUUGGAGCAGAACAAAAGAUCUGGCCCAUCAGUUCACACAGGUCCGGCAGGACAUGUUCACCCUGGAGGACACGCUGCUAGGCUACCUUGCUGAUGACCUCACAUGGUGUGGAGAAUUCAACACUUCCGAAAUAAACUAUCAAUCUUGCCCAGACUGGAGAAAGGACUGCAGCAACAACCCUGUUUCGGUAUUCUGGAAAACGGUUUCCCACAGGUUUGCAGAAGCUGCCUGUGGUGUGGUCCGUGUGAUGCUCAAUGGAUCCCGCAGUAAAAUCUUUGACAAAAACAGCACUUUUGGGAGUGUGGAAGUCCAUAAUUUGCAAUCAGAGAAGGUUCAGACACUAGAGGCCUGGGUGAUACAUGGUGAAAGAGAAGAUUCCAGAGACUUAUGCCAGGAUCCCACCAUAAAAGAGCUGGAAUCGAUUAUAAGCAAAAGGAAUAUUCAAUUUUCCUGCAAGAAUAUCUACAGACCUGACAAGUUUCUUCAGUGUGUGAAAAAUCCUGAGGAUCCAUCUUGCAUAUCUGAGAUCUGAGCCAGUCGCCGUGGUUGUUUUAGCUCGUUGACUCCUUGUGGUUUAUGUCAACAUACAUGACUCAGCGUACUUGCUGGUGCAGAGCUGAAGAUUUUGGAGGGUCCUCCGCAAUAAGGUCAAUGCCAGAGACGGAAGCCUUUUUCCCCAAAGCCUUAAAAUAACUUAUAUCAUCAGCAUACCUUUUAUUGUGGUCUAUCAAUAGUCAAGAAAAAUUAUUGUAUAAGAUUAGAAUGAAAAUUGUAUAUUAAGUUACUUCACUUUAAUUCUCAUGUGAUCCUUUUAUGUUAUUUAUAUAUUGGUAACAUCCUUUCUACUGAAAAAUCACCACACGAAACCUCCCUUAUUAGAACAGGCAAGUGAAGAAAAGUGAAUGCUCAAGUUUUUCAGAAAGCAUUACAUUUCCAAAUGAAUGACCUUGUUGCAUGAUGUAUUUUUGUACCCUUCCUACAGAUAGUCAAACUAUAAACUUCAUGGUCAUGGGUCAUGUUGGUUAAAAUUAUUCUGUAGGAUAUAAGCCACACGUCCUUGGUGCUUUACUUCUAACCCUUCCAACAGUGCUGUGAGGUUGGUAUUAUUUCAUUUUUUAGAUGAGAAAAUGGGAGCUCAGAGAGUUUAUAUAUUUAAGUUGGUGCAAAAGUAAUUGCAAGUUUUGCCACUGAAAGGAAUGGCAAAACCACAAUUACUUUCGAACCAACCUAAUAAUUAGCCAUAAGUCCUACAUUUAGUAUCAAGCUAGAGACUGAAUUUGAACUCAACUCUGUCCAACUCCAAAAUUCAUGUGCUUUUUCCUUCUAGGCCUUUCAUACCAAACUGAUAGUAGUUUAUAUUCUCUUCCAACAAAUGCUUGUUGGAUUAAAUUGACUAGAAUGGAAUCUGGAAUGUAGUUCUUCUGGAUGGCUCCAAAACACAUGUUUUUCUUCCCCUGUCUUCUUCCUCCUCUUCAUGCUCAGUGUUUUAUAUAUGUAGUUUAGAGUUAAAAUAUACUUGUUCCUGAUACUGGCAGCUUA